AUGGCUUCUCCAUUUCUUAUAACACUUUCAGCUGUGCUCCUUUUUCUCUUCCCGACUAUUUUUUGCUACAGUGUAAAUGACGUAAAGUCAUGGUGCAGCAAAACACCAAACCCUGAGCCAUGUGAGUACUAUCUGUCUCAGAACCUUGAUCAAAGUCCUAUUGAUAAUGAGUUCGAUUUUUAUAAAAUUUCCGUGAAACUUGCUUUAGAACGCGCCAAGAAUGCCCAAUCAAACACAUACAAUCUAGGCCCUAAGUGCCGAAACGAGCUUGAAAAGGCUGCAUGGGCCGACUGUGUUAAGUUGUACGAGUUAACAAUCCUCAAGCUCAACAAAACCAUAGACCCUAGCACCAAGUGCGUCCAAGAUGAUCAACAAACAUGGCUCAGCACGGCUCUGACCAACUUAGAGACAUGCCGAGCCGGUUUCAUUGAACUUGGGGUGGCCGAUUAUCUGUUGCCCUUGAUGUCAAAUAAUGUGUCAAAGUUAAUUAGCAACACUUUGUCUAUAAACAAAGUUUCAUUUAGUAAACCCAGCUACCAAGAUGGGUUUCCAAAAUGGGUGAAGCCCGGUGACAGGAAGCUAUUGGAGACUACAUCACCGGCUUCUCAGGCAAAUAUCGUGGUGGCCCAGGAUGGUUCUGGGAAUUUUAAAACGAUAAACGAGGCCAUAACCGCAGCUUCAUCCCGUUCAGGUAGUGGGAGAUAUGUGAUUUACAUAAAGGCAGGAACAUAUAACGAGAAUAUAGAGAUUGGAACCCAAUUGACAAAUAUUAUGCUUGUGGGAGAUGGCAUUGGCGAUACUAUUAUUACUGGGAGCAAAAGUGCUGGAGGGGGAUCCACAACCUUCGGUUCAGCCACUGUCGGUUUAUUAGGAGACGGGUUCAUCGGCCAAGGCAUAACAUUCCGUAACACAGCCGGUGCUCAAAAUCACCAAGCGGUGGCUUUACGUUGUGGUUCAGAUCUUUCUGUGUUUUACCAGUGCAGUUUUGAAGGAUAUCAAGAUACUCUUUAUGUUUAUUCAGAGAGACAAUUCUACAAAGACUGUAACAUCUAUGGAACCGUAGAUUUCAUCUUUGGAAACGCCGCCGUUGUCUUCCAAAACUGUAACAUAUAUGCUCGCGAUCCUCCUAACAAAAUCAACACUGUUACUGCCCAAGGAAGGACCGAUCCUAACCAAAACACUGGAAUCAUUAUUCAAAACUGCGUCGUCGACGCUGCUUCCGAUUUGAAGCCAGUGGAAAGCUCGGUUAACACGUAUCUUGGAAGGCCAUGGAAAAAAUAUUCAAGAACAGUUUUCAUGACGACGUAUCUUGGUAGCUUAAUAAACCCAGCUGGGUGGAUGCAGUGGAGUGGUAAUUUUGCCCUCAGCACUUUGUAUUAUGCAGAGUACCAAAACACUGGCCCUGGUUCAUCCACUGCAAAUAGGGUCAAGUGGGCUGGUUAUCAUGUUCUUACUAGUGCCUCCCAAGUCAACCAGUUCACCGUCGGGAGCUUUAUUGCCGGAAAUUCUUGGUUGCCAGCCACCAACGUGCCUUACACUUCCGGUCUCUGAUUUGAAUCUUUUUUUUCUUUACAGUUGAAAAGAUCAAUAAGGUUGUUAACAUGCAACUGUCAUCGUCGAAGUAUGAUAUUUCUUUGUGGAAUCAAU